UUCAAACUCGAAACGUUUCCCGGUUAUUAAAACCCAAGCUUUCCACUGCCCACUUUUCACCUCUGAAACACACACCCCUACCAAUGGAGAUGAAGAGUCCACCACCGUGCCCUAGCUCCGUUACCGUCCGUCGUAACCCUCCCCGUCGAGCCAGACCGACACCAUACUCCGCCGCACCUCCAUCCCAACCUCCGUCAUCCAAAACCUCUUCAGCUAUACGCUCUUUCCCCAUCGAAGACAUCCUCUCGAUCAACAUCCCCGAUAAACCUGAGGUUUCGGUUUCCACCGAACCUUCAUGUUCCGAGAAACUCAAGGUUUUUCUUCGGAUUAGACCUAUCGUAACUCACAAAGUUGGAGGAUCGGUUAAAACUGGAGGUCAGAAGAAUGUUUGGCCUCAAAACCCUAGAAAAAAGGAUGUAUCGAAGGUUGUGGGGAGGAAGACUGUUGAGACGUGUUUGAAGGUAAAUGAUGAACACUCUGUCACGCUUUGUGCUCCACAGAGCUUGACGGAUGUUCGAAGGACGAAAUCUGAGGUUUACGAAGGGUUUUCGCAUGUGUUUUGUGAUGAAUCGACUCAGAGUGAAGUUUAUGAGAGGAUGAUGAAUCCACUGGUGGAGGACUUUUUAAAGGGAAAGAGUGGAAUGCUUGCUGCUAUGGGGCCUAGCGGAUCUGGUAAAACUCAUACUGUUUUUGGAAGUACGAGACAGCCUGGUAUGGUUUCUCUUGCUCUUCGCCACAUAUUUUCACAGAAGGAGAGCGGCAGAUCCAAAUCUUCAAGGGCUUUUUAUCUAUCAAUGUUUGAAAUAUAUUCAGAAAGAGGAAAAGGAGAAAAGAUUAUGGAUUUAUCACAAGAAGGAGGUGAUUUAUAUAUGCAGCAAUCAAAUAUAAAAGGUCUCAAAGAGGAGGUCAUUAAUGAUGUUCAACAGGCUGAAUCUUUGAUUGCAAGUGGAAUGUUAAAGCGUUCUACCGCUAUGACAAAUUCCAAUAUUCAGUCGAGCCGUUCACAAUGCAUCAUAAACAUUCGUUGUGAUCUUGAUAACCUUGAUGAAGAUCAGUCCCACACUGCUAUAUUGACCAUAGUUGAUCUUGCGGGAGCUGAAAGAGAAAAAAGGACUGGAAAUCAGGGAGCUAGAUUGCUAGAAAGCAAUUUUAUCAACAACACGUCUAUGGUUUUUGGAUUAUGUUUGAGGUCUUUAUUAGAGCACCAAAAGAACCCCAAAAAACCUUUACACAAGCAUUUUCAAAAUUCAAUGUUAACUAAAUAUUUGCGUGAUUUCUUAGAAGGAAAGAAGAGGAUGGCAUUGAUUUUAACUGCGAAACCAGGUGAAGAGGACUAUCAAGAUACAUCUUAUUUACUCAGACAAGCUUCACCGUUUAUGAACAUAAAGUUUGAGAGUAUUGAAGAACAACCAUUAGGCAAUAAAAGACGGACUCAAACAUUGCCAAAAGCAGAACAAGCUAAAAGAAUGAAGCUCCAUAGUAAUGAAGUCUGCAUGGAUGAUGAAGUGAAGAGGAGUAUUCUUCAUCAGCCACAUAAAGAGCUUAUUCCAGAACCAGACACAGUAGUUGAAAACAACAGUUCAUCAUUUGAGUUUCCUUUGAUCGUUAAUAAUAAAACAAACAAGGACAAAUCCAUCAACAGAACUAUUACUGAUCUAGCUAAGAAAGCUAGAGAGAAUCAGAUUCUUUCAAAUUUCUCUAGAGCCUUGUGGAAAGUUUUGAAAGAAUACAAGAACAAGUUAGAGGCUAGUGAAAAUGAAAAUGAUGUUUUAAGACACAGCCUUACUGCUGAAAAAGAACGGUGUACUGCACUAGAAGUUGAACUGAAUCUCUUGAAAGCUUCAUGCUCAUGUGGAAAGGUUCCCAUAGCUGAAGAAAACGAUGAAAUUAAUUCAAAUGCACAAGUAUCUUCUUCACAUUCUAUCAAAAUGGAAUGCACUAAGAAUAAACCGAUAACUACUGAUACUCAGGACGCUGCAUCUGUUCCACCACUUUCUGAUUGUUCGAAUAUAGUCGACUUAGAAAACACGGUUUGUAAUCUUCAGGUUGAUGCACAAGUGUCUUGUUCAACUCACCGUGAAGAAACUCAGGAUACAAGCUCUGUUGAAGUAGCAUCGACAUCGUUGAGUAGUUUCAAAGAACAUAACAAUGAGGAAAAUAUUGUCCUCUGUGAAUAUGUUGUCUUUGAUAAAGAAGAUUUGAUAGAACUUGGAGACACAGAGUUCAGCAAUGACAUAGCAGUUUAUGAUCCUUUAGAGUCAGGUGUUAGUGAUUUAGAGUUACCUUUACAUGGAGAUGGCGGUCCUCUUAUAACCAAGGGAGACCAAAGGAAGCAUGAGGAAGAAGAGUUAGUUGCAGAAGAUUCAUCUUCGAAUCUCAUUGAAUCAGAGGGUUUUCCGAAGGGAGACCAAAGGAAGCACGAGGAAGAAGAGCUACUUGCAGAAGAUUCAUCUUCUGAUUUCAGUGAGUCAGAGGCUUUUCAGACGUUGCAAGACAAUGUUACUAUUGAUCAUGAAAUAACUCCGGUUCAAGUAAUAUCGAAAUGCAGUCGUCUUGAACAUUCUGAGGAACGGAGUAAAGAGCAGAAUGUUGAGAUCUCAAGUCCAGCUGUUGUGCUUGAUAAACAAGAAUUGCAGGAAACUGAAGAAAGGGUGACUGAUGGAGAAAUAACAGAGUCAGCUGUUUGUGAUUCAGAGUUACAUGUACAUGGGCAGCAUGAGGAAGAUGUUUCAAUACCCGAUGAUCUUGAAAAGUUCGAAGACCACAGUAACAAAAAAAUUGAAGUUUCUAGUCCAAAUAUUGUUUGUGAUAAACAAGAUUUCAAGGAAGUUAAAAAAACAAAUGCUAACGGAGAAGUGGCAGUUGCAGAAGAAGUUUCCACCUCUCCGGAGGAAGUACAAAAAGAACCGCAUGAAAAAGAGGUAAAUGUCCUAAUAUCUUCAUCAGACCUGGAGGGAUCAAAGUCCAUCAGUAACACGCAAUUAAUUGAUUCCACCGAGGCCCAGGAUUCACACUCGGUCCUGCCUGAAGAAGUUAUCAGUUCUCGAUGUUGCACCGACAGUAAGUUGCUGGAAGUGCCAAGUGUUCACCCUUCCAAACCAUUAACGGCCGUGAAACCAAAAAGGAGACUUCGACCUGCUUCAUCUGUGAUGCUGAAGAAUAUUAACAUCUUAGAGUUUGAUGAUUCAGCUACAAUGCCAAAGCAGCAUCGUCAUGGAAAAAGAGAUGAAAAUGAAGAUGGUAGAAAAAGAACACAAGGCAGCAACGCUCUUCUACGCAUUCUUAAACAAAAUCUCCAUCACUAAAUCAUCUCUACUAUGGUAUUUUGUGCGGGAGUUAUUUGGGAUGUUGACCCGACUAUCUACAAUUAAUAGUUUUAUAAUAUCGCCAUUUUUUGGAAAGUUUUUCUUGGUAUAUCGGUGGUACUAAUUAGAGAUGUUUAUAAAGUGUUAAGGCUGACCAGUCUGAAGCAGUUCAGCGUUUUAAGAACCAACCUGUUCUGUUUUAGUAGUUUGAUGAUUUUCAACAGUUCAGUUUGGAACAUGAAACGGCCAGUAUAAACCAAAUUGGUCGAUUAACAUUACUUAUUUAUUCAUAUUCUGAAA